AUGACGUGGUCCCGCAUUCUCGACCAAGGCCAUUUCGUCGAUCUAUGGAAAGCCGCGAUCGUCACGGACGCCAUCUACAUACGAGUGCGUGUCCCGCCGCCGUCGAAUCUCCAUACCAACCUACUGGCGUCGGGUGACCCGGGCCACAGUACCGACCACACUAGUACAAACGGCGUCAGUCCCUCGGCACCCCCAUCGAGUGCAUCUGUACCUGGCCUCAAGCAAUUCUACGGCGCCACCGUCCCCAAUGUUAAGAGCCCUGCCACUGUCGGUUAG